GAGAACGACGUUUCCGUAGCAACUGGGGCCGGUCCGUUAACCGCAGCGAGCGACCACUGCUCCGCUGUACUACCGGAUCUUAACGAGGAGUCGGGGGGGGGAGACCGUCGUCGGUAACCGGAUAGCACCUCUGUCUUGUGGUGGGGGCGUAGAGACACGGGGGCAACGCAGUACCCGAGGCGGCGAGCCCGCAGUUCCGUGCGGAGAUGCUGAAUAUGUGGAAAGUCAGAGAGCUGGUGGACAAAGCGUGAGUAACCGAGGCUCAGGUGGAGCCGUUAUUUCAUCCAGCUAAACCCCGCUAAGUGGCUAAGGGCUAACAGGUGUUGUGUCGUAGAAUGCACCCCUGCUGUAGAAUGCCACCCUCUGAUGGGAGCGCGGUUGAAAGUACAGAACAAGGCGAAAUAAUCCAAGUUUUCUUCACCGUUGGAUGGUUUUAAAAGCGUGUGAAUUUAAUAAUUUCAUUCAGAAUAUUAAGAUAAGCCGAAAACAAUAGUCCUCUAAUUCGAAAAUAUAAUGUUCUCUACCUUGAAAGCUAACUGUACAGUUUAUAAACCCAUAUGCACCUCUAUAUGUGCAUUUUUGAGACACUUAAAACAGAACGAAAGUUUGCUGCUCCAUUUGACAUGUUAUCAUGAGCCAAUAAUGUUUUUUGUUUUUUUUUUAUAAAUAUGAGAUCAUUUUCUCCCACUUUAAGAAGCGAAUGAGUGGCUGGGAUGCAAGGGGUGCAUUCUACGGCAUAACACCUGCUAGCCUGAGCUAGGCGGCUUUAGCCGGGCAGCAUCAGCAGCUUUUAUCGCUGACAGAGGAGACGGAGACAGACCCUCAGCUGGUAGCUCCUGUUAGCUGGCUAUCUGCCAAUCUUCAGCCUAGUAACACCAAUAGAAAAUUUGCGUUUUAAAUCAAUCACGGGACAGUUACCUGGAACGGUUAACACGGGUUUAAUAUUCACCCAUCAACAUAGCAAAUUCUGUUGAUUCGUAUCCAGAACGAAAAGCUACCCAAUGAGCUAAUUCAGCUAGCGGCGCUAAGCUCCGGUUGGCUCCGAGUCCUGGUCCUGUGAGUGCUGCUGCUGCUGCUGCUGCUGCUGCAGAAUCACGCCCUGUCCCACCCUGAUGAUAACCGCUGUUGAUAACCCUCAUCUGACUCUGUAUCACGAUCAAUAAGGCGGGAGAAUCAUGAUGCCAUCUCGGUGGAGAGAUAAUUGUAUGUGGGCGGUGGAUUUCCUACCAAUUAGCCACCGACUAUGUCUCACGGUGUAGCUGCGCUGCAACGAGGCCCGUGCCCCCAUGGUCCGGUCAGUUCAGACAACAGAGCUUGUUAGCCAAAUAGAUCGUACACUAGGAGCCACUACGGGGUGUUUUUUCUUCUUGUAAUGAAUCAUGCAAGUGUCUCUGUGCACCAGUUGUUCUGAUAGAUUGAAAACAAUCAUGUUAGUGUACACUGACCUUAUAGUCUUGACAGUGUGACCAUCUUGGCACUCUAAUGCAACCCCAUACAACAACUCUAACAUUGAAGCUACUGCAUUUUCAGUGUUUGUUGACAUGCUCAGACAGGUGCUAAUUUCUCUUGAAAUGAAUUGUUGAAGUUGUAGGAUGUUGGCAUUGUGCUGGUGUUAUCUUUAAAAGUGUUCCUAAUGUUUUGCUCCCUUAAUGCAUGCAGAUGAAGAGGACAAAAUAAAAGGAACACUUCAAUAUAACACACCUGGUACACCAUCAACACUCAGUACUUUAGUGCAACGCCCAGAGAAAGGGGUGUAUAAACAAAGACUAUUUACUUAAUUAGUGAGUAAAACCAGCAAGUAUUUAGAGGAUUAACUGAGGCAAAAAGAAAAAUUUCAGUAUAUUCAGUUAGUACAGUAGGUCAGGAUAAUAAGGUAAGCCAUUUUACUAAAUGAUUUAGUACACAACAUGCACAACAUGUACAUUUUUAAUUUAAAGAAAAAAAAGAAAAUAUUGAAUAGGGGUCCUAAGGUGUAUAAUAUGUUAACUCUACAUUUACUGGGGUGUUCAUGGCUGUCAUAUUUUUAUAUUUAUUUAAAUGAUUUUGUACUUUGGUAUCAACAGAUCAGUGUAUCCCCUUUUGACAUGUAACUGUCCUCAUAUCAGGGGGUGAUACCAGUUUUAGUUACACAUAAAGUACCUAAUCAUCAGAUGCCUCUACCCUGCGCAGACAAAUCUGCUCCUCUGUUGUGAUUUUUGUAUGGAAAGUUUGCUUUGGUAAAAUAUACAUCAUCUUUUUUGUUUGUGAGUCUGCUAUAAGACUUCUACGUCUGCGGGCAGACUGAUGGCUGAUGUUAACAGCCAUUUUCGUAUCUUGUUGAUCCAUCUCGGUUUUUAAUUGGGGUAUUUGUGAAUAAUUCAAGAGAUUAUAAGUUAAGGCUGUUAGCUCUGUGUCUGCUAUAUUCGCAUUGUUUUGAUAAUCUUGUGAAAAAGGUGGAAUGCAGAUUGAUGAAAUUGAUAAUGUAUGAAUAUUACUACAUAAAAUGUGAACGUCAUUGUAAGGUAACAGAACAAGCUGUGACUUCAUGUGAAAAACAGGGCAAAGUGUGGAAACUGACUCUGAGCAUCCACAUUUGGAUCAAAGCAUCAUAACUGAGACGAGGACAAACAAAGACACACAUGGCUGAGAAUUGUAAGAGGGAAAUAUGAGAGACAAGAGUGAAGCGAUGUGACGAGAUUAGACAGUUUGUAAUUUUGUAGGCCAGACAAAAAACUCGACAGAGCUUUAGAUGGAGUAAUCGACACCAGCUCCCAUCAGCUGUUGGUCGUGUCUGACUGGGCAUGAUGAAUACACUCUAUUAUUGAUCCGCUUCAAAAGAGCUGGCAACAACGGCCUUGCUUUUACUGCAGAUUAAGAGAGAGUCAUGCUAACAUUGAGCUCCGGCUGUCGUAUUUUCUGACAAUGAUGAGAAGUUGAAGGGAGGAAGGCAGGAUCUGAGGAGAAAGAGAGACAGGUUAGAAAUCAAGGGGUAAUGAUAGGAUCUAAGUUCAGAGAAAUCUGUAUUGAAAAUCAAGUGAAGGGGAUAGAAAUUUGAAUACAGGCAGCUUAAGGAUGUGGGAGAGGCAGAGGAGAGUAUCUAGAGCAGGCCAUGCCCUCGCACAGAUGCAGCACACCAGAAAACGAGAACAGCAGCAGGUGAGCCCACAAAAACAAAGCAGACAGGAAGCUGAUGGUGCUCAAAGGGAGUCGUCGUUGUGUUUGUCUCAGUGUUUUCCAAAACUACCUGCCUCUCUUGCUUUCAUAGAAAAUGCAUUCAUAUUUUCCUUUGUUUUUGGAACAGCUAAAUAUGUCCUUGCAGUGCACGCUGCUUGUGUAUUUGCAUAUAUGUUUGUUUGUUUGCAUGUUGGACAAGACCCAAGGAAAGAUAAUUACAUAUUCAUUUUCUGGUGAGCUGAAAUCGUCCUUGUCAGUCUCUUUUUUUCACAGUUUUAACAAAGCGAUAUAUUUACCCUGUUUAUUCUGAGCUUUAAGUGUGCUUAUGUGAUUAUCAUACUCUCUCAGCUAAAGAUCUCUGAAAGUUCACAUGCAUGUUUUGCUGUGAAAAUGUGUCGCUGCACAUGGGUGUACUCGUAUUUUGGUCUGUCUGAUCUACAGAAGAGGGUCAAAGUCAGUUCAGAGGAUAUAGACACAAACAAUCUGCUGAUUGACUGCCUAGUGGAUGGUGUGCAUUGGGUCUUGUUUCUCUUCCUUCAGUUUGUAACUAAUGAAGAAAAUGUGUUUUUGUUUCAACAGCACCAAUGUGGUUAUGAACUACUCUGAGAUCGAGUCAAAGGUGAGAGAGGCAACCAAUGAUGACCCCUGGGGACCCUCUGGACAACUAAUGGGAGAAAUAGCCAAGUAUGUGUGAAGUUUAUGGCAGCAAAUAUCCUGUAUUUUGACAUUACCUAUAAAACUGAAAUACGCUGUGUUCUCAACUUUCUCUGUCUGAUUGACCUGAUUUCUCUCAGGGAUACCUUAUGGGUCAUAUUUAUGACUGUGUUUGUGUGUAUGUGAGCGUAGGUCUACCUUUAUGUACGAGCAGUUUCCAGAGGUGAUGAACAUGCUGUGGACGAGGAUGCUGAAAGACAACAAGAAGAACUGGAGGCGAGUCUACAAGGUGUGUUUGGUUGAUCCGCUGCUUCUUAAAGACAAAGAUUUCUGCAUCCCUGUACUAAUACACCUCUGAUGCAGCAGCAAAACAGGCUGUUAACUUUGCAAAUCCCAUCUGACAGUGAUGUGCAUUGAUGGUUUGGAGAGUCAUGUUAUUUUAACCUGACUCAUGUUUGGUGAAGUUUUACCCUCUGUUGUGUUGAAGCAGUUUUGAUUCCUUAAUCCUCUUUGAGUCCCGCAAAGAUCAACACAUUUCAACUACGGACCGCCUGCAUACUCACAUAAGACUGCUUUAUAGAGAUUAUAAAAUACGUCAAAGCCAGUGAACAAUGUCUUUGAAAUUUCCUCGGCAUAGCUCAAGAGAAAGGAAAUGAGUCUCGGCAAAACAGACGUUUAAUUUGAACAUAUCUCUACUUCACUACUUCGUUUGUCUUUUCUUCCUCUGCAAGGCUUUACUGCUCCUGGCCUAUCUGAUCAGGAAUGGGUCUGAAAGAGUUGUCACCAGUGCCAGAGAACACAUUUAUGACCUGCGAUCCCUAGAAAACUACCACUUCAUCGGUAAGUCUCUUCAUGAAAAAUAAGCCUCAGGUUAUUGCUCUGAAAAUGUCUUUGUUUCUUUGUGAGCUUUAGAUAACUUGUGAACACAUGACACUGUUUUUCUUUUUACCUCUGGCUCUGUCUGUUCAUGCUCUUCAGAUGAGAACGGGAAGGAUCAGGGUAUCAACGUGCGUCAGAAGGUGAAGGAGAUGGUGGAGUUUGUGCAGGAUGAUGACAGACUGAGAGAAGAAAGGAAGAAAGCCAAGAAAAACAAAGACAAAUACAUCGGAGUGUCCUCUGACAGUAUGGGGGGAGGAGGAGGAGGAGGAGGAGUAGGAGGAGGGAGCAUUAAGAACUGUAAGUUUGUCACCUCCUGUCAUCUGCUGUUAUAGCUUUGAUCAGAUGUGGAUUCAUGUGAAUAUACAACUCCUUUGAACCUGGAAGAAAUAACAAUCCUUUUGAGAAAAGAAACCAUGUGGAGCAAACUUUUAAAAUCAUUACAUAUAUUUCAUUUACUCAAACUGCCCGCACUAAAAAGAAAUGUGAAAUUUUAGGUUAUUGGUUUGUUAUUUAUAAUGACUUAUUCGGUUGGACUCAACCCAUAAAUCCUCAAGAGCAAACUUUGGACAACCGUGAUUAAUCGUGAUUAAUAGUGAUUAAUCGAAAGUAAACUUUGGACUAUCGAGAUUAAUCGUGAUUCGUCGAGAGUAAACCUUGGACUAUCGUGAUUAAACGAAAGUAAACUUUCAACAAUUGUAAUUCAUCGAGAUUAAUCGAAAGUAAACUUUGGACUAUCCUGAUUAAUCGAAAGUAAACUUUGGACAACCGUGGUUAAUCGAGAGUAAACUGAAAAUUUUCUGAUACCGAAAUUUAUGACAAUAACUGUUGUCAUUUUGCUCCUAUCGGUAUAUUUUUUGUCAAAAAAAUAACUGAAUACAUAAAAGUUGGUUUUGGAUGUGUGUAGGUCGGCAAUGGUCUCAUGUCAAGUCCGUAACAAAGAGGGAAAGACAGGUGAGGAGAUGGAGGACGGUUCAAAAGUUGUAGCGGCUGAAGUAGACGAAGUUAAUGUGGGAGGGGGUGAGCAGCUUGUGGAGUAGUUAUCGUUCAUUUAUUGUUAUCGAGGUGAACUGAUCAAUACACCGUGAUAUUGAUUUGAGGCCAUAUCGCCCAGCCCUAAGGUGACAUGCUGUUUUUUUUUAUAAAUGGUUAUGAGUUGUGUUAUCUACUAUUACUGGACUGUUAAUGGGAGGUUUCACGGUCAGAAUGAUGAACUGAAACUAAAUGAACACCCUUCAUUUGCAGUAGCCCAAACUCUGCUGCUGCUUUUGUGUCUUACAUUUAUUAUUUGCUUUCAUAGUAAUAGUUUAACAACAUGGCGUGUGUUUUUUUCACUGCUGAAAUUUCAGUGAAAACUUCAUGAAUGAGAGUUCUACAUUCUGUCUGCUUCCUCCCAGCUACUGAGUUGGAUCGAAGCAAGUGGGAUGAAGACUGGGACAAGAGCAGAGGAGCGUUUCCAUUCAGUGAGAAGCUGGGAGAGAUCAGUGACAAGAUAGGCAGCACCAUCGAUGACACGCUCAACAAGUUCAGGAAGAAGGAGCGGGAUGACUCACCUGACAGAAUCAGGUUAACACACACUCACACAAACACUGCCCAUGUCCACGUAAACACCAUCUGCUCUUUGAUUUGAAAUGUACAGGUGGUGCCUGCAGGAGCUAUUGCUACAUCAAGUUAUUUUUUAAAUCACAGCUUUUGAAGGAGUCAUCACUCAACCAGACCUACACAGAUGUGCAACAGCUGCAAAGCAAUAAAAGAGUCUGUAGCGAAAUCUCAUUAUAUACCUCUUGUCUUGUUGCCAUAGUGACAACGAGGAGGACAGGGCAUCGAGAAAUGGAAGGCAGGAGACGCUUGAAUUUAAAGAUGAGGAAGAAACGGUCACAACAAAGAGCAUCCAGAUCACACAAGCGACAGAAACCACAACCACCACCACGCGGAAACGCAGCGGAGCGUCGAGCAGCAAGACCUUAGACCUGGGUGCUGCAGCCCACUACACAGGGGACAAGAGCCCCGAGGAGAAGGUGAUCAUACACACACACACAGUCCUUCUUAUCUGUGUGUGUGAUGAAGUACAUGUUCAUCAUGAAUGUUUCACCUCUGUGUGUUUCUGCCUCCUCAGUCUUCAGUCAGACAGUCCUCAAGUAGCGGUCUAGCUGACCUGCUAGUCAUCGACCCUUCAUCCAAUCAGAACGCUGCAACAGGUAACAAAAACUUCAGGCACAUGAAGACAGGGAGAAAAUGACGCAUGUGAAGAGUUGGUUUUAAAAAUGAUCAGCUAUUACUUUCUCAUGGUAUAAAAUUUUGUGCGUAUGUGUGUGUGUGUUCUCCAUCCAGGGGGCACCUCAGACCUCAUCGGUGGCUUUGCUGAUUUCUCCUCUCCUGCUGCAUCUGCCAGCCUCCCAACCUCCACUGGUAAACCUGGUCCUUACCUCUGUCAACUCACCCUGUAGUAAACCAUAGUGAGGUUUAAGGCUACUCCUGUGUAUUUUUGUAUUCCCUUGUGUCACGUGGAGCCCAAUGAGAGAUAAGGAUAGAUAGUUAUAGACUUUUGAGUUUGAUUCGACAGCAGAGAAACCCCAAAGUCCAGUUUUAGGGUCCUUACACGAAAUUACGAAAUAUAAGGAGGCAAAUUUUGACACGCCUGACUAUACACAUCAUGCCCAAUGUGAUUUUGCGGCUUCCCGGGGGGAAAAGACGCAUCCCAAGGAAGACUUUUCCCGGGGAAAGUCCCGCCUUCUUCGCCUCUGAUUGGCUAGGAAAGCUGGAAAUGUCAUCACACGCUCAAGCGAAACGGUCAGCACUUAUAGCCAAUCAGAGGCGAUAAGAUAAGCACAUAAAACUAUGGUAACAACCGUUAGCUUACGUUAGCACAGAUGAAAGUUAAAACAAAGACGUUUAGCAAACUGUUAAAGCACACAAACCAUCGUCAUAUGAGAAAUCCGACGCUAUGACUCUUAAAAAGUUGUCCUCCAGGUCGUUAUCUUUGUAAUAUUGGUGUCUUUUAUCAAAAAGCACUCUGUUCUCCGAGACGUAAACAAUCAGCCGGUCGGCCAUAUACUGGUGAAUCUGACGUAGCAACACGCAAUCUGAUUGGUCAGAAGUGGACACACAGUAUGCGAAACUUUAGAAAACGUCGCUGAUGUGAACGCUCGUAUUGAGAGGAUACGGGUUCGAAAAAAAAUAUUGACGUCCGAAAUAAUCGGACAAUAAUAAUUCUUACUUUGUAAGAAAAUGUCAGUGCUGGUUUGAGUCACCGUCAUAAUUACAACUAAAAAAAAUCUUUCUCUCUGACAGCUGCUGCAUCGUCCAAUGGGAAUGGAGAGUUCGGAGACUGGAAUGCAUUCUCGACCAAUCAACCAGCGUCAUCUAGCUCUGGUCCUUCCCAGCAGGUCACUGACCUGUUUGGCAGCGUCCAGUCACCCCCAGCCCCGACCUCGAACCCUGCCCCCGUUCCACCUUCUGCUGAGCUCUUUGACCUGAUGGGAGGAGUUAACCACCAGCUAACCAAUCAGCACACAACACUGAGUGCCUCUCAGAGCAUGACUUUCUCUCUGGGAGGGUCAACACCAGGCGCAUCUGUUGCUAUGCCCACCAUGCCGCUUUCUCGCUCUCAGCAGGUUGGUACGGCACACAUGCUCUCAGAGAGUAGCUGCCAAUUCUUCUCUGUACGACCUGCAGUGUAUUCUCUGUGUUUCUGUCAAAGUCUAAAAUAUUUGCAAAUAAUUACAGAGCUUAGGAGGAAUGACAUCCCAGCAGCCUCAACAGAAGGUUGGAGUUGGAGGUCAGGGACUGUUGGGGUCGACCUGGUCCGAUCCCUCCGUCAACAUCAGCCUAGACUUCUUAUCAGCGGGCCUGAACCCCACAAAGACACCCCCAACACUCAACAACAUCAUCCAGCAACAAGGUAACACUUUUUAUCUUCAUUCCUUAUUUAAAAAAAACAAACUUCACGAAAUAUUGUCAUUUAUUUGGAUGAUUACUAUGUUUCCAUGUGCUUAAAAAUUGACUACAUAUAGAUGAGAUAACCUGCAGGAGAAACCCGGCUAGUAAAAUUCAUGUCAUAGUCUAUUGAAAUUUUGUUUUGAUGAAAUUGAGGCGUGGCUUAUUCAAAGGCAUUCCAAUGGCAUUUAAUGAUGAAAGAUGAUUAAGAUGAUGCUUUUAGAGGAGCAAAUAAAGAGCGUAGAUGUUACUGCUUAUUAUUUAUUUUUGUGUUUUGGUCAACUAGAUAUUUAUAAGUAUAAUAAAGCUGAGAACAUGCACUGGAGCAGACAAGGCCAAGACAAAGGCUAAUCAUGCAGAAUACAUCUUAGUGGAUGAACACAAUGCUCACUCAGGUCCACGAGCGAGAAAACCCAGCUACUCAGUCAACACAGCGCUUACUGAAGAGUAUAUUACCGCGUCUCGCUCCACUGGCCUUCAAUCCGGAAAUGCAGUGAGACAAAAAAAAGAGAAAAAUAUUUUCUAGUUCUUGUCUAGGCCCUGGCCAUGCAUGCAUGAUUAUAAAUAAUAAACAUUCAGUGUAGUUAUUAAUGAUAAAAAUGGAUAUUACAAUGCCAACAAAUUCAAGGCUAAUAUUCCUUCUGGCUUAAUGGAUAUCAUAUCAUAUCUUUAUAUUAGUUUAUUCACACUGACUCACAGCAGCAGGGAUUAGAAUCAAUCCGAGUUGUCAGGUGGAUAUCAGUAAAAGUUUGGAAUCUAGAUUAUUACAUAUCUAUAUUAUUAAUAUAUAUAUUGGACUACAACGGAUUGUAUUGACUCCUUCCUGCCUGUAUGUGUCUGUCCAGGAGUGCCUCCUGUCAACCUUCUGGCGCAAAACUUUGGUGGACUGAACCUCAGCUCCCCACCCCACGUGACACCCAUCAGACCACCAGCCAAUCCCAUGAUGGCGGGCAAUCCCAUGACGAUGGGUAUGCCUGCAUCCAUGGCAACUGGCAUGCCUGCCUCCUUGGCAGCGACCAUGCCCCCUUCAAUGAACACAGGGACAAUGGGGAUGGGUGGAAUUCCUGUGAACCAAGGCAUGAUGGGAAUGAACAUGAGCAUGAAUAUGGGCAUGGCCUCUCCGGUAAUGAUGGGUGGUAUGGCGGGCAUAGGGAUGCCAGGAGUGGGGAUGGGCCUCACACACUCAAUCACCCCAGCCGUGGUACCACCCAAACAAGAUGCCUUUGCUAACUUUGGCAGUUUUGGGAAAUGAAAAAGUGCAACUAUGUGUGUGUGUUUGUGUGUGUGUGAGAGUAGUGUGUUUGUGUUUGUGUGUGUGUGUGUGUGUGUGUGUGUGUGUGUGUGUAUGAAAUUAUGAGAGGACCACAGGAGGACUGCUUACUUGAAAGACAACCUUGCAUGAAUCUGUCUCUACUUUCUCUCUCUGACAGCACCAGUCUGGCACCAGUGAUCAAUCCCUUUCUAGGUCUGUUGACUUAAAGCUAGAGCAACUGCUGAUGCCCCACUGAUAACCCUGCAGUUCUUUGAUGAGUGAAAAGGUGUCACAGAGAGGACAGCCCUGAAGCAGGGAAGAUGUCAACCCACAGUUUCAACUUAUUACUUUCCUGUGAGGAAAGGAUUGUCACCUGUUUAAUAUCUAGACUACAAAAUACUCCCCCUCAUUACCGUAAAGUAACAGAGCUGUAGUUUUCCACACAUGCACAGGUAAACCAGCCAGUAAGGUUGACACCAAAAAAAAAUGACACAGCUUCUUCAAUGAAUCAUCAGCCUGAAAUAUCACCUUUUAUAUGAUUAUUACACAAGUCUAUUUAAAAAUAUAAAUCCUUACUCCAAUCCUCCAGCAGAGGGCAGAAUGGACGAGAGGACUUAUUGAGCCAUCGAGAUAAUAUGUGACGGUCCUUUUCUUGUUGGAAGCUCACACUGACUCAGUGUGUUGUUGUUUCACAGAAAAGUUUAGCAAAGCUUUGAACUUCUCAGAACAAAGGGCAAACUGCAGUACCCUUUAUUUCAUAAUGACGGUUCACUGUUAAAUGUGACACUUGUACUCAGCAGUUUUCAUUCUCACAGAUUGAAAGUUAGUCGAGAGGUCAGUCAGUAUUGCCUCACAGAUAUUAACUCUUUUUAAGCCCCCACUCUGCAAAUGUGUAGUUCAGGAAAGCCAUUGUAGGAAACUUGAUGGUUAGGGUUGUUGGUGCAAACAUUUCUGUCAGGCACAAAUGUAUCAUGUUGUGUAUUCUGCGUCUACUUGCAGAUAUUGGUGGAGGUUGAAAAAAUCUUUUUUAAAGAGUAUUUUCCAAUAAGCUGUAGAAAAAAGGAAAGGAUGGCCACCAACUACAAGAGGAUAUUGUUCUCUUACUCAUUGUCUAACAAACAUCACUUUAACAUUCACAUUUGACGAUUAGAUAAACUGGAUCAUUUUUCAUGACUUUUAAUGAUUUACAUGGUAAACAGAGACCAUUAUAAAAGUUUUUGGAAGGUCUUAAGUGAAGUGUGUGUGGGUGGGUGUGUAUGUGUGUGACGAUUACACGAGUGUGUGUGACAUAGUGUGGGCAUAGUUUUCUCUGUUUGAUGUGCAAACACAGCUGAGCAGAGCCUCUUGUCAUUUUCUGAGGCCCUGAACUCCAAAUGACCAAAUCUUUAUUUUGUUACUCUCAGAAGGAUGACUCCAUAGCUAUUAGUUAAAUAUUUUAUUAUUUUACUAGUAAGGUUAUGUUCAUAUGGCAGAGAGCUACUAAUAACAUAAUUCAGUAGACAGGAAUCAUGUUUUUGUUUCUUAUUUUGGAACAGCUUGUUUUAUUUGAUUUCACGCUAUAUUUUCUGUACUUCAUUUAACAUUAAAUUAUAACAUUUA